AUUGUCUUUUUUCCCCCCUCAUCUCCAGCUUUGUUUUGUCACUGUGAGAAAGAGGUGUGGGGCCGGCCUGUCCACGUCUUUAGGCACCAUUGUCCUCCUUUGAACACAUCUUGGAUUAUUUCCAGUUUCACCAUUUGCUGCCGAUUCUUCUCUUGGUUGCUGAGAUCAACACUUGGUUGGUUGUUAUUAUGGACCUUGUCACCCGAAUCCUGUGUCUUUGAGGUGUAGAUGCUUCAGGCGCAGCAGGGCCCAGCCUCCGUGUCAGAGAGGGACGAGGCUGCUCCCACCUGGGCCACAGGACUCCUCUGAAACUUGGCUCAUGGUCUCUCUCUGAGCAAUAACUGCUCAGAUUAAAACAACGGGAUUACAGGGAGGCCAUUUUGUGAGGUGAAACUGAGUCUGUCUGCGCUGGAGGAGUUAUAGCUGGGAUUUUUUAGGCUGCUCUUUGACUUUUAAACUCCACUACCAUGACGACAGCAGUACAACCCAGUGAACUGGUGUUUGAAUUUGCCAGCAAUGGGAUGGACGAAAUCAAUCAGGUGUGCAGUUAUCUCUUCCCCACACCCGGGUCUGAAUCCUGUGGAGCAGGCUUGAUUCUGGACGACCCGUCAGUAUUCCCAGCGGUGAUUGUUGAACAAGUUCCCGCAGCCGAUCUGUUGCAAGUAUACUCGGGGCUCGAGUCCGAUGAGGUGACCAACGGUAUCAUGGUGGAUACCACUCUCCAUGUGGUUGAGGAACCAUCCAUCUUGGAAGGAGGGGUGGAUCUCACAGAAACCACAGUUUCAGGCACAGAGGACAGCAUGGAGACAAAUGAAGCAGCGGCGGCUCUUCUUAACAUGGAGUCUCCGAACAACAUUUUGGAUGAGAAGCGUAUGCUUCACACCUAUGGCACUCUGCUUGAGUCAGACCUGACAUAUGCCCCACUGAGGCCUGACCAGAUGGACAGUGUUGCCCUUGACAUGUCCGUAGAUGAGGACACCUCAUCUAUGGAUGAGAUUCCCCAAAAAUUUCCCUUAAAACCUCAGAAAAAAACCAAAGUGCGAAAGCCACGGGCGGUCCGUCCCUGCUCUCCCAUCACCACCCCUAACCUACCACUCAGGAAGAAGAGCAAAGAGGGCAAAGGCAAUACCAUCUACCUGUGGGAAUUCCUUCUGGCCUUACUGCAGGAUAAAAACACCUGUCCCAAAUACAUCAAGUGGACACAGCGGGAGAAAGGCAUCUUUAAGCUUGUGGACUCCAAGGCUGUCUCAAAGCUGUGGGGCAAACACAAGAACAAACCUGACAUGAACUAUGAGACCAUGGGAAGAGCUCUCAGAUACUACUAUCAGAGAGGCAUCCUGGCUAAAGUGGAGGGGCAGAGGCUGGUCUAUCAGUUUAAGGAGAUGCCAGCUGACCUCGUGGUGAUUGAGGAUGAAGAGACGGGUUCUGAUGCCAAUGUCGGCUACGGAAACCAGAGAUCGACCAACGGGCGGUCUGUGGUUCGUGGAGGGUCCAAAGGGCACGGAAGAGCUCAUGGUCAGCAGAACGUCUCGGUAAAACAGAUGAAGAAAGAGCCAAACAAUGAAUGUCUCUACCAGGAAGCUAAUGGUGGACAGGCUGAGCAGCUUCUCCAGUCUGUUCAUAUGCUGCAAGCCAACCAAGGGGCCGGAGUCCAGGAAACAGCACAAGCUUUAAGGACCAUUAACACCCCUGCAUCAGUUCCUAUGGUCCUGACAUCUUCCGGCUCGCUUCAGUCUGUUCCCCUCACUGUUCUAGCCAACGGGGACUCCAGCCACUCCCCUUCUCGGGUUAUUCUCCACACCAUGCCCUCCACGACAGCAGGUGGUAAAGAUGUGCUUACCAUCCAUACGGCUUCUAUAGCAGGUGGGGCUAACAGCCUGCAGGAUGGCCUCCCGCAGCAGCUCUUGGUCACCAGUCUGGGCUCAUCUGCCUCCUCCUCCUGCACUUCCCCUCCAGGAGUCAUUAGUUCCACCGCUUCCAACCUCAAUGGUCUCCCCCGCCUUGUCACCAUUAACACCACCUGCGGGCAGACCAUGGUGGCACAGCAGCCCGGCACCGUAAUUGCCACUGUGCUCAAAUCUAGCGACCUCUCAGGGCUACAGGUGAAAGAGGAGAUGCUGGACCCCACCUACUUUCAGUCGAUGGUGAACGGCGAUCCAUCACUGGCCGCACAUACAUUUGAAAAAGAGGAGAUGGAAGCAGGGGAGGCGGAGCUGCAGUACAGGACUGUUAUCAUUGAUACCAGUCAAAGCCAGGGCCCGGAGGGCGCAAGUGAAACUAUAAUUAAUGGACAUUCCUCUCAGAGCAGCAGCCCUAGUGAGGGUCUGACCCCUGUGGAGGAGCUGGAAGUGCGUGGAGAGAUGUCCCUGCAGCCUGAGCAGGGAAUCAAAGGCCUGCAGGAGCUGCCAGUGUCUGUUCAAUUGCCUGCAAACUUUAUCCAGAUAAAGACAGAACCUGCAGAGGCUUAGUGCUGCAGGACUCUUCAACAAAAGCUGAACCAAAAUUGAAUCCAUUUUGACCGCAGACUUGAUAUUUUCUUUUCCUACCACAGUGAUCUGAUCAAAGAUCAGAACGAGGGAUCUUGCAGCUUUUAAAGGUUGGUCAGUUCAGCCUCAGGAUUUAUUGUUUACCAACAUAUUUGUGACCAUGUGCCUAAUUUUAAAAAUCAAGGGAGUGUUUAGUUUUUUUAAGAAGUAACCUUUUAGAUUUAGGAUUUUCUUUUUCUGUAGACAUAAUCCCCAACACACACACACACACACACACACACACACACACACACACACACACACACACACACACACACACACACACACACACACACACACACA